GAAUAUGAUGAUGACAAUUUUGACAUUUUUUUCUCCGCUAUUUCUUCUCCUUUUUUGUAUCUUUUUGAUAGUAUCUUUUUCUUCUUAUUUCUUCUUCCAACCAUUGAUGAAAUCUAGAGAUUAACACAAUAAGAAAGAUUGGUGUCCCCUUUUUUGCAGAUUAUUUUGGGAAAUUUUUACUAUUUAUUUCAGCCGUUAAAAUCUCAAUCAAUCCAAAAACUUCGGUUAAUUAUGGGAAAAAGAAAGCGAUCAGGUGCUGCUUACCAUACUUCUUCUUCAGAUUUCAUGCCAUGUUCCUCUGGAAGGGAUCUGACACCUGGCCAGGGCUUGUUUUCACUUGUGCAGCAUAACUCUUCUGAUCCUGACAACAGUAGUAUAUUGUUUAAGCCUCGGCCUUUUGGUAAGGAACCUAUGGAUAGCCAUGGAAAGCAAUCAAACUCUCAACUUUCACUUGGUCAACAUCAUCAUCACAACUUGAGUCGCUCAAUGUUUUUAAAACGCUCUCGUCACCACUACGGAAACCAGUAUUCACGACGAAACUCAUCCAAUCACCAUAGGCCCUCUACUUCUCAUGGCAAGAGUAGUAGCCCUUUCAGUGAUGAGCGAUUAUGUUUUAAGUUUGGUAGUAGAUACAACUCUGAUUUGGGACAUCGUCCAGAUUUUACAGAUUUUCGAGAAAGGGCCUUCUGGCGUCCAGAGAGAAUUAGGUCAAGCUCCUCCUUUAUCCAUGCAGUCUCACCCGAAGGAGUGAGGAUGGUUUGUGUGAUAUGCCAGAAAUCGUUGAGACGAAAGCCACAUCAUUUUGGGACCACCACCCUUGACUCAGAAGAGCCAUCAAUUGUUGCAGUUUUAGUUUGUGGCCAUAUUUUUCAUGCUGAUUGCUUAGAACAGCGAACGCACCUUGAGGAUAAAAGAGACCCUCCUUGUCCAAUAUGUUCAGGAUUUGUCCCAAAGGCUGAGGCUACUUGAACUGAGGCAACUUCCAGAGCAGUGUUACCUAAUUCCCUAAUUCCCCCGAGAAUCGCGAAAUGAGAAAAGUGAAUUAUGGUCAAUUUUGGUUCAUUUUUGGCUCAUUUUGGGCGAAUUGGCAAAUUCAAAAGGCGAAUUAGAUAGCGAAUUAGGUAAUACUGUUCCAGAGUCUUGUUAACACUGAAUUACUUUUAUAUAGAUAGAUCAAGUGCAAUUAACUAGCAAGGUAUAGUAGUUUGUUCAUGGUGGCUGCUUUCUGAAUGUCUAAAGCUCUGAUAUCUGACGGUUCUGACCCCAUAGUUGUAGCUUUCUGUGCAAACAAGAUCUGUUGUAGAAUUAGGAAAAAAAACUAUUCUGGUACUUUGUUAGAAUAUGCUAGUUUUCUUACCAUGUUGUAUAAUGUAUGUAACACUUUACUUGCUCUGUAAUUUGUUUUGACAAUCAUUCUCAUUGCUCAUAUAGUCA